UAAAGGGGAUGCUUUUGUGCUUCCCCAAGCAUUGCUGGAGAAGGGCUGAGCGUGCUUCGCAGAGGGGACCUGUCUCCGUGCAGAGCCCUGACGUGGAUGGGAGCUCUCUGAGAGGGAAGUUGAGUCUUCACUAGGUCCCACCUGGAGAACACAACCUGUGGGCCAGGAUGCAUCGGAUGAUGAAGGAAGAAUCCAGCUUCAGGGCAAGCAGCCUGGAAAACGUGGCACGGGACCCAAGCAAAGAAAAGCUGCACAUGAAGCUCUGCAGUGGGUCCUGCCACGCUGAGCAAAUCCUUCAGACACUGAACUCCUACCGGCAGAGCGGCAUCUUCACAGACGUGGUGCUAUUAAUUGAUGGACAAGAGUUCCCCUGUCACCGUGCCACUUUGUCAGCCAACAGCACGUAUUUCCGGGCCAUGUUUGGUGGCAAUCUUAAGGAAGGUCACCAGGAUAUCAUUAAUAUCCAGAAGAUUUCUGCUUCCACCAUGUCUCUCCUUCUUGACUAUAUGUAUGGGGGGAACAUCAUCAUUCAGGAGGACAAUGUUGAAGGCAUCUUGGAACUGUCUGACUUGCUGCAGAUCUCCAAGCUCAGAGAUGCUUGCGUCACCUUCCUUGAAGACCAGCUUCACCCAUGCAAUUGUUUGGGCAUCAUGAAGUUUGCAGAUUCGUUCUCCAUCGCGUCCCUGACAGAAAAGAGCAAGAGGUUCAUGCUGGAGUGUUUUGUGGAGGUGUCGUGUCAUGAAGAGUUCCUAGAGAUGGGUGUGAAGGAGCUGGUUGAAUAUCUGUCCGAUGAGCAGCUGGUGGUCCCCAAGGAGGAAGUGGUCUUUGAAGCAGUCAUGCGCUGGGUACGGCAUGACGUACCUGCCAGGAAGGGAGCCUUGAAGGAGCUCCUUGAGCACGUGCGGCUGCCCCUGCUCGACCCCACCUACUUCCUGGAGAAGGUGGAAAUGGAUGAACUCAUCCAGGACUCAAAGGAGUGCAUUCCUCUACUGCAUGAGGCCCGCAAGUACUACAUCCUCGGGAACGAGGUCAGCUCUUUGCGAUCAAGGCCCAGAAGGUUCAUGGAACUGGCAGAAGUCAUCAUCGUCAUUGGGGGCUGUGAUAAGAAAGGCCUUCUGAAGCUGCCCUUCACAGACCUCUACCACCCGAAGAGCAGGCAGUGGACAGCCCUCUCCAGCGUGCCUGGCUACACCAAGUCAGAGUUUGCUGCCUGCACACUGAAGAAUGAUGUGUACAUAUCAGGAGGACACAUCAGCAGCAAUGAUGUUUGGGUGCUGAGCUCCCAGCUGAACGUCUGGAUCAAGGUUGCUUGUCUGCAGAAAGGCCGAUGGAGGCACAAAAUGGCAACACUUCAGGGCAAGAUCUACGCUGUGGGUGGCUUUGAUGGUUUUUACCGCCUCUCCAGUGUGGAGUGCUACGACACCUUCUCCAACAGCUGGUCAACUUUGGCCCCGCUGCCUCAAGCCGUGAGCUCGGCAGCUGUGGUCUCCUGCCUGAACAAGCUCUACGUGCUGGGUGGUGCUGUGGAUGACACCGCUAACACUGACAAGGUCCAGUGUUAUGAUCCAGAGGACAACAAGUGGACCCUGUUGUCUCCCACCCCUUUUUACCAGAGAUGCAUCAGUGCCGUCUGCUUGGACAACAUCAUUUACGUUGUAGGUGGGCUUCUCAGUAAAAUCUUCAGCUACGAUCCAAAAAAAGACAGCUGGCAAGAAGUGGCCACCCUCCCUGGGCCUCUGGAGAGUUGUGGCCUGACGGUUUGUGGAGGGAAGAUUUACAUUCUGGGUGGCCGAGAUGAGAAUGGAGAAGGCACGGACAAAGCGUUCACUUUCGACCCAGUGACAGGGAGCGUGGAGCAGCAGCCGCCGCUGCAGCGCUGUACCAGUUAUCACGGCUGCGUGACCAUCCUGCAGCGCAUGAACAGAUGACCACAGGGCUCCAACUGCGUCCACCUCCCACCCAGAGCCUCCCCUUGAGACAGUGGAUACCCAGCAUGUGAACAGACAUCUCACCUUUGUGUGGGGAAGGGCGAUAAAAGCCACUGAUGAAGACGUGCCCCAGCCAGCCCCUGAGCAGCCUCUGUGUUGUUUUUCCUGGCCUCAUGAUGCCAAUGGCUUUGACGCUGAUGUAGGUCAGAGGAUGAAAGGGUGCUGGGCUGUGCAAAGCUGCAUCUCAGACAUCGCCACAGUAGGAUUCAAGUAUCCUUACAGCCUCUGGAGCUAUUGAAUUUGACAUUUACUUAGGUUUUCCUGGCUGUAGAUUAAUGUUUUCUGUUAUGUCGGCAACAGAGGCUUGCUGUCCUAAAAGGACAUGUAUUUGCUGCUUUCUGGUGCCCAAGACUGUUGCAGUAACAAUUACAGUUACAGGAUCCAAAUCUUUAGCUAAAGCUGUCCCAUAUUUGUGCAUUUAGCUCUGUAGAAUCCUGUGUCAAACCACGGUGGUGACCUAAAUGGCCAUUAAUGCCCAUGAACAGCUAGUCUCAUUACAGUGCAGAGCUGAGACUGAGACUUCAAAGCUGAUAUCCCAGGAAAAUUUCUCCACUAAAUCCCCCAAAGCCUGAUUAAAUACUCCAAGCUCUGACUCCAUUCUGCAUAUACCGUUAUGAGAGUCUGUUCCCCUAAAGCGCAGAGUCCUGGCUCUUUUCGUGCACGUUUUGUGGUUGGACUGCUGUCUCACUGUGUCUUUGUCGUUCAGAGGACAAGUGGAUUGUGCAGCCAAGAGUUCCUCCUUCAGAGAGCGGAGGUAGGGGAAUAGUAACGUGUAGGAAUUAAGCAUGAAGACCCGAAGCAUGGUAGCCACAGAAUCACAUCUAGCACAUCUUGGCUCUGGAUUAUGCUAGCAAGUAUUAAAAUAAACUCAAUAUUUAACAGAUUUUAUACGGAGUCCCUGGGAGCCUGAAUGCGCAGCUCAUUUGGAGGGCAAGUGUUUGAUUACGCUGACUGUGUUCCUCCAAGCCGGUUGGUCUCAGGUCUAGGAAUGAUCCUGAGCACGUUUGAUUUGGUAGCGUUGCCACAGCUUUUGGUGCCAGUGUCUCUAGUUUCAUGUCGUUCAGUUAGGGACUUAGAUGCUGCCAAAUGUAGAGUGGGGUCUCCUAAAAACUCCCCUUACUUGUACAUUGCAGAGUGCACCCCUCUACAGCAGGCUGCUGGCUGGCUGCUGUUUUCUCUGCACCUUCCUUUCCUCACCUCAAUGAUGGCUUCUUCCUGAAGUAGAGGAAAUUACUCAUCCACCACCCCAGAUACUCCCCUUUUUAGGGCUUUUUCAUCAUCUUAAACCUCUUGUGGUUGCCUGCUUCCCCCACACAGCUGGUUUUUAUCCAGUUCUCUUUAGUACGUCUGUGAACUCUGAGUUCACCUCUUUGUGAUGACAUCAGGCUUACCUGUAAAACAUGGCAAAAAAACCCAAAGCCCUGCUGAAGAGCCAAGAUUGGCUGUAACUGGGGCACUCUGAUCUCUUCUCUUUAGGAAAUGCGUGCUCUUCCAUCGCCCAAGCGGUGAGCAAGAUGUUUCAUUGCAUGAAUCAUACCCGAUGCUCCUCGUAGUCACGUCUGGAAGGUCUCAGGGCUUAUCACAGCCAUUUUGUUCAUCAAGGUGUGCUAUUCAGAUGUUCUCAGCCUCAAAAGUCAUCUUAAACCCCGUGCAUGUGGGUUGGCCGUUUUAAUCUGAUCAUAAGUGGUACAGUGUGUCUUUUAAGCAUAAAGGAGAUGCAAUGCUGGUAUAGGUUAUUCCCAUGAGGAUAGAAAAGGAAAGUCAUGCUGGUAAAAGGCAAUUUUAUUCACAAUCAAAUUGCAUUCACAGUUGGGUCUCUCAGGAAUGAAGAUUUCAGGAGAAACUGGCACCUUUCCUUCACUUCAAGUGGCACAAAAGAAAGCCUAAGCGCAUCAACCCAUGCCGUGAUAGCCGUCAGGGCCAGAGAGACCUUUAUCCUCUUAUAGCCUGAUUUCCUGAGGACCACAAAUCAUGGCCCAUCUUUCCUCCCCAGUUUUGCUUCUCUUACUAUUCUUCUGUGCCUUAAGCAAUUCACCGCUUUGGUAUGCGCACCCCUUCAAAGUGAACCCAGUACCUCCACCUCACCCCAUGAUCCAUAUGUCCAAUAUGGUCUGCUCUUUGGAAAACACUGCUGGUGUUCCGAGAGAACAAGGGCACCCAGAGCUUGCAAGGGCAUGCUUUGGGCAACCGAGGAUGGUGAGCAUCACGAGGAAUCAGGCCUUAUGAAAGGCGUGGUCCUUGUGCUAUAUUUCUGCCUUGGCUAAUAGGGCUAAUAGAAUAGGGCUGUAAGCACAGACGUAGCUUGCUUGGCUGCUGGCAGACCUUUGUGCUGCUCUUCUUGAAAAGGGCAGAGCAGUGAUUUGGACACAGCAACAGCCUUGACAAUAAAGAGGAAGUUUUCCAGUUGCACUUACAACUCUUACCACAGUCUUUCCUGAUUUUCCUAAUGCUUCCUGGGAGUCUCUUGCGGUACUGCACACCUUAUUCCUGUAGAAAUAAGCACACUCAAAAGGGCAGAAGGUGUUCUCAUCAGGUUUCCCAUGUGCUUUUGACACGUGUGGUAUGUUGCAAUAGGUGGUGGAAGUUAUGGCAUAGGUACUAAAACAUUUGCCUCUUGGUCCUGACAUUCAUUGUUCCACUGAAAUGUGUUUAUAUUUCGUAACGGCCAUGGGCACGCAGGGGAGGGUUGGAGAAAGAAUUUAACUUGGGGUUUUUUAGAUAUAAAUAUUCACCCUGACUCCGAAGUGCUUUUGCUGCAGGAAUUUCAUUUGUGCAUGUUCCUUCACGGCAUUCCAAAAAUACAUUGUUGGUGGAGCUUCAGAGGAGCUUCGGGUGCACCAUCCUUGGGGUGUCCCAGCCUCUCUCUGGGAUACCGGAAUCCUGAGUCUAAGCAAGCAGGAAGUCAAAGGUAUUGCUUUUUGCCUGCAGGGAAUUAUAUCUUUAACUGUUAUAUGGGGUCAUGGCCAAGUCAGUGUAGAGAAGGUGCCUGGAUCAUUCAAGCUCAGCUGAAGGAUGGAGAAACCUACUCAUAUUUUGGCACGAUGGAAAGAAUAUUUCCAGAGAAAAUGAAAAAGUAUUUGCUUGGCUGAUUCUUGCUCCUCUUUGCUGUGGCAGAAGAACAGAAAACAUGAAAUUGGCUGCGACUACAAACUUCUUCAGUUUCUGAGAAGGCUUUUCUCAGACCACAAGUAAAGCACCUCCUUGCUGUGUUUACAGUAAUACAGAGACUUGCUGUGGGGCUUUGUAUAGCAAAAGAUGUAGAAGAAAGUAGCGAUCACCUGCAAAGCAUGUGUGGUAGUUUCAGCUUUAUGUAUUUAAGCUUUUAAAAACAAAAUAAAUCACUUUUUUUUUUUUUUCCACUCCAAAACAGUGACUGUUAAUCACAUCCAAGCAGUACUUAAACCAUC